CGCCGUCGGUAAGGAGACGUAGCUUUCAGUGGUGUCUACCGCUGCGGUUGGUUCCCGGCAGGAGCCGCAGGGUCAGUCUGUGACUCUUCCCCUACUACGCUCCCCCAGAGGCUGAGGAGGCGCUUUCCACUUCUCCGGCUUUCCGUCUUGGGUACAGUGUGCUCCUUGCUCCGCGGUUUAUUUCUCUGCCUAGUCCUCCCUCGCCUCUUCGGUCCAUCUCCAAAGCCCAGGCUUGGCGGGGACUCGCCCUCCGGGAUGGAAGCUUCCUGGCGCCAGGUGGCCGGUGGCCGAGGCCGAGCCCGGGGACGGGCCACUGCCGCCCCCUCAGGAAAUGGAAUCCAUCUCCGCGGCGCCGGAGGAGGGCGAGAGAAGGGGUCGGUGGGCGCGGUUCCUUUUGGCGCCAGUCCCGGAGGAGUCGCGACCUCGGCGGCUGCAGGGAGCAGGCACAGCCCAGCUGGAUCCCAAGCCCUGCAGACUCCCGCAGCCAGCGAGCUAAUGUCUCAGAAAAAAUUUGAAGAAAUCAAGAAAGCUAACCAAGCUGCAGCCAGAAAACUUGUUGAAGAACACUUUAGCUCUUCAUCUGAAGAAGAAGGAGAUGAAGAUUUUGAAGGAAAACAAGGAAAAAUAGUUGCAAAUACGUUUAUAACAUACACUACUCAGACAGAUGGAGAUACACGUGAAUUAGAGCGAACAAAACAAUAUGUAAAUGAAGCUUUUCAAGCAGGGGCUAUGACAUGCUUAAUUUGUAUUGCUUCGGUGAAGAGAAACCAAGCAGUUUGGAGCUGUUCGGGAUGUUUCUGUAUAUUUCACAUGCCCUGUAUCCAGAAGUGGGCUAAAGACAGCGAGUUUCUUGUAUCUUCUGUGACUGAUGAUGAUUUUGGAAAGAGAGAUUAUCCCUGGCCUUGUCCAAAAUGUAGGUUUGAGUACAAACGAUCUGAAACACCUAGUAGGUACUAUUGCUAUUGUGGAAAAGUGGAAGAUCCACCUUUAGAUCCGUGGCUUGUGCCUCAUUCAUGCGGCCAAGUAUGUGAGCGUGAAUUUAAACCUUCUUGUGGCCAUAAAUGUUUACUCCUCUGUCAUCCAGGUCCCUGCCCUCCUUGUCCAAAGAUGGUCACAACUACUUGUUACUGUAAGAAAGCAAAACCUAUCCCUCGUAGGUGCAGUGCUAAGGAAUGGUCUUGUCAGCUGCCAUGUGGACGGAAGUUGCUUUGUGGGCAACAUAAGUGUGAAAAUCCUUGUCAUGCAGGAAGCUGUCAACCUUGUCCAAGAGUUAGUAGACAAAAGUGUGUCUGUGGCAAAAAAGUAGCUGAAAGAAGUUGUGCAAGUCCACUAUGGCACUGUGAUCAAGUAUGUGGAAAAACACUGCCAUGUGGUAAUCACACAUGUGAGCAAGUUUGCCAUGUUGGUGCUUGUGGAGAAUGUCCUCGAUCUGGGAAAAGGUUCUGUCCAUGUCAGAAAUCAAGAUUUUCUUUGCCUUGUACAGAAGAUGUACCAACUUGUGGAGACAGUUGUGACAAAGUACUUGAAUGUGGAAUUCAUAGAUGUUCACAGCGUUGUCACCGAGGUCCCUGUGAAACAUGUAGACAGGAAGUGGAAAAGCAUUGUCGCUGUGGAAAGCAUACGAAACGAAUGCCUUGUCAUAAACCUUAUCUGUGUGAAACUAAGUGUGUUAAGAUGCGUGACUGUCAGAAGCAUCAAUGUAGAAGAAAGUGUUGCCCUGGAAACUGUCCACCUUGUGAUCAAAACUGUGGACGGACUUUAGGAUGUAGAAAUCAUAAGUGUCCAUCUGUCUGUCACAGAGGCAGUUGCUAUCCCUGCCCAGAAACCGUAGAUGUGAAGUGUAACUGUGGCAAUACAAAGGUGACAGUGCCCUGUGGCCGAGAACGUACCACAAGACCACCCAAGUGCAGGGAGCAAUGCAGUCGACCACCAACUUGUCAUCAUACAAGUCAAGAAAAACAUCGCUGUCACUUUGGCUCUUGUCCACCAUGUCAUCAACCUUGCCAAAAAGUUUUGGAGAAAUGUGGUCAUUUGUGUCCUGCUCCGUGUCAUGAUCAAGCAUUAAUAAAGCAGACUGGCAGGCACCAGCCUACAGGCCCUUGGGAACAGCCUUCUGAGCCAGCAUUUAUUCAGACUGCAUUACCAUGUCCUCCAUGUCAAGUUCCUAUUCCUAUGGAAUGUCUUGGGAAACAUGAGGUGAGUCCACUACCAUGCCAUGCUGUAGGACCCUACUCUUGUAAAAGAGUUUGUGGAAGAAUCUUAGAUUGUCAGAAUCACACAUGUAUGAAAGAAUGCCACAAAGUAACCAAAAUUGAUGGCUGCACUGGAAAAAACAAGGCGGGCCCAGAAUGCCUUCAUUGUGAGGAAGGGUGCUCCAAGUCACGGCCACUAGGUUGUCUUCACCCAUGUAUUUUGCCAUGUCACCCUGGAGAAUGUCCACCUUGUGUUCAGAUGCUUAGAAUAAAAUGUCACUGUAAGAUCACAAGCCUAUAUGUGGAAUGUAGAAAAAUAACCACAGCUGAUGUAAAUGAAAAGAACCUCCUCAGUUGUUGCAAAAAUCAGUGCCCUAAAGAGCUUCCUUGUGGUCAUAGAUGCAAAGAGAUGUGUCAUCCCGGUGAAUGUCCCUUUAAUUGCAACCAGAAGGUAAAACUUAGAUGUCCUUGUAAAAGAAUAAAAAAGGAAUUGCAGUGCAACAAAGUGCGUGAAAAUCAGGUUUCAAUAGAAUGUGACACAAUGUGCAAGGAAAUGAAGCGGAAAGCAUCUGAGAUAAAAGAAGCAGAAGCCAAGGCUGCUUUUGAAGAAGAAAAACGAAGACAACAGGCUGAACUAGAAGCUUUUGAAAACAGACUGAAGGGUCGUCGGAAGAAGAACAGGAAAAGAGACGAAGUGGCAGUGGAGCUGUCACUAUGGCAAAAACAUAAAUAUUAUCUCCUUUCAGUGUGUGGAGCUGUGGUUGUGGUGUUUGCAUGGUACAUCACCCAUGAUGUCAAUUAAAAAAAGUUUCUAUCUUUUAAUAUAACUCAGAUUGGAUUUAGAUAAGUUGUUAAAUUUGAAAUAUUAGAAAAUGUAUAUUAUAGAACAUGAUAUAUAUUUACAUUCAUCUCUGUAUUCUCUUUCAGCUGUUGUUAGAAGGACAGAAUGUUAAACUUUAUCUUAAUUAGUAUGCUAGAAAGGGCAGUAUAACACUGUUUAAAGUGAAAGCAUGACUGAAAUUGUAAAAUAUUUCAUAAGGCUUAGAGGCAGAGUAACAUGUGUUUUUUUCCAUUGAGCUUCCUUGUACUAACUUAGUUUUUUCAUUUAACAUUUCAAACCAACACUUUAAAACAUAGUUCAGAUGAAACUGAGCCAUAUGUGCAGUAAGAGAAAUAUUUCUUAAUGUUUUGGUUAUGUAUUAUAGAGUACUUUUCUUGAUCCUGUUAACUUUGUACUUUUUUUAAAAAGUGAUUCUCUAACAGGCCCCUUAAAUUGUGACAUGAAGGUGUAUAAUUAGAUUUCAGAUGUUGGUUUAUUAGUGAGGAAUUUUUGUCAAUAAAUGUCAUGUGGCUUGUUCUUCAGAGUAUAUAGUUAUUUUCAACAAAUACCAAGCUAGAUUCCUCACAUGUGGCUAUUUCUUAUGUAAGAAGCUUUUCACUGAAGUUGGCAUGUUUCGUAAAACUUGUAUGUGUCUUUUAAAAAUAAGAAUAAAAGGAAAAUUAGUAUUUAUGAAGAAUAUGUGCUGAUAACAGGGCUUAUAAGCUUUAUGUACUUUAGUCUCAUUUCUCUUUGCCACAAUCUUAAAUAGAUUUCAGCUGAAAAUAAUCAGUUCUUAUGAAAACAAAUGGAGAAAUAUCAGUAAGUCAAAUGUUUGAAUUAUAAUUCCUUUCAAAUAGUUUUACUAUUUAUAUGAUUAAUGUUUACAUUAAAAUUUUUCAUACCAAA